CAUGCACACUCCGCCUUCACUUACACACAGGUGGACCCGUUCGCGGGAGACGGCGUGUACAACGGACCACUGAUCAGGCCAAGAUCGCGCUGUGCAACGACCCCCAGCGACGCGCUAAGAGCGUCGCUGGAGGCCUCGCGAAGGGUUAAGAUGCAGGGAGGAACGCGGGUCGCGGCCAGCAGGGCCAGUGAGUCGGGUGAGCACCCCGCUUUUCACCUCGACUCCGGGAAUGCCCACCAAGGAUGAGUUGACGGAGCCUAACACCGUGACAUGACGGAGACAGCCCCGGCGCAUGUUUGCCCAACAAGUGCAAGUACCUACGGAUACGGCGCGCGCUGGUACGACAUCGGCCAGCUCGCCGCACACCAGUAUGAUGUGCCCAAGCCCGGUACAACACAGCCCAUCGAGCAGGACCGCGAUGAGCAACAGCCUGCCAGGCACUCAGCGCGGCGUGCAAAAGCCCACCGAGCAUCAGCGCGCGUAGGCUUGCUGAGGAAGGGCACGCCACGACGUCAUCUUACUGGUUUGUCUGCUAAUUCGCUGGCUCGCGCGCUGACUCGGUCACCCGUUCUCGCCCUCACCCUCUCUCCAGCUCGUCCACCCGCUAUUCCACUCGCCCGCCGCCCCCCUCGUCUGUUGUCGAACUCCCUGUCGCUCCCCUUCGCCGCUGUCCUGCUCGCCCACCAUCUCGCUAUAUCCGUCGUCCCUCACACUUGUCUUCCUCUCACCUGUUAUCCCCCUCGCCGUCCUGCUUACCCACCAUUCCGCUUACCUGCCAUUCCGCCUGCCUGCUGUCCCGCUCGCCCGCCGUCUCGCUUGCCUAUGCGGAUCUUGUAUCUGCUGUGGCGGAUUUGUACCCGGGUGGGUACGUGCAUGGGUCGAGCCUGGGAUAUGCAUAGGUAUACCUGUGCUCGGCCACAGGUGAAUGACUCCUGUAGUACCAACUUGUAAUGAUGUAGUCUAGACCCUUGAGCUCAAUACUAUGCAGUCCACGAUGUUAUAGACAAUAUGUACCCAGUGAUACGAAUAUAUGCAAAUUAUUGCACAUGCGAGAAA